AUAUUAUCGCAUUGUGGCGGACGCGUUUAUAAAUUUUAUAAAAAAAUAUAAAUAAAAUAAAUUUAAAAUGGGAGGAGGAGAUUUGAAUUUAAAGAAAUCAUGGCAUCCACAUACGAUGAAAAACCAAGAAAGGGUAUGGAAAGCGGAACAAGCCAAAACGCAGGAAGAAAAGAAACUUAACGAUUUACGUAGAGAAAUUGAAGAGGAAAAAAAUCGUGAAGAACUAAAACGUAUCGGUAGAGAGAGUGGUGUUCUGGGAGGCAGCCAUGAAGGUGAUAAAAAACUGGACUGGAUGUAUAAAAGCUCCACAGAGUUAAUAAAUCGUGAGGAGUACUUAUUGGGACGCAAAAUUGACAAGUCCUUCGAAAUUUUGCAGGCGGAGGAAAAGGAAAAAGAGCAACAAAAUCUUGUAGGAGUUAAGCAGCCAUUGAACCAUGUAGAACACGAAUGUGUACCAUUUUCUAUACGAGCCUAUAAAAAUCUACAAAAUUCUGAACAAGUAGAUCUACAACGUAAAGUAAUGGAAGAUCCUUUGAUGUUGAUUAAGCAACGAGAAAUGGAAUCACGUAGAAAAAUUCUCGAAAAUCCCGUCAAGUUGAAGGAAUUACAUCGUAUUUUGAAAACAGAUGAAAAACUCAAGAAGGUAUCGAAAAAAUCAAAAAAAUCCAAAAAGAGUAAAAAAUCCAAAAAGAAGCAUAAGAAAAGAAGCAAGUCUUCAUCAUCAUCUUCUAAUAGUAGUUCUGAUAGUGACUCUGACUCAGAUUUGGAUAGUAAAUUGGCUAAGAAACUCAAAGGUGGUCUGUUGGAUAAAGACGAGGCAUCCAGUAUGGGCUUAAAUAUAAAUAAAUUAUUAGAUUCAAAAUUUGAAAAGAUAUCACAAGAACUGGAUAAAGCGGCCGGAAAGGGUAAAAAACGUUCGAAGAAAAAUAAACCCCGAAGUGAUGAGUCAGAUACAAACGACGAUUCAGACGAAGAACAAAAUCAUACUAAAAAACGUUCUAGAUCCGUAUCUAAAAACAGAAAAGUUUCUCACAAUGAUAAAAGAUAUAAUAAAUAUGAAAAUAGAGGGAGAUCUAGAUCUCCAGCUAACAGAAAUUAUUCGCAAAGAAGGCAAGAUCGUAGAUCCAGAUCUACUUCAAGAUCACGAGAUAAAAAUAAUUACAAUGCAGUUAAAAAGUCUAACUAUUCACAUGAUCGUAAAAGAUCAAGAUCUCUUUCUAGGGACAGAGUACACGAAACAAGCAUAAGAUCUGCUAAUCGCUCACGAUCUCGUUCUAGAAAUCGCAAAGUAAGAAAUCGCAGAGAAUCAAGAUCACUAUCCAGAUCGAGAGAAUAUCGAAAUUCAAAUAAACGUAACACCAGAUCACGUUCAGUGUCUAAUGUACGUUUGCCAAAUAAACGUAAUUCAAGAUCACCUUCAACAUCUAAUAAACGUCCGCAAAUACAAGAAACUAGCCGAUCCACUGCUCAACGUUCUGGUAGACUGACGGAGGAAGAAAAGCAAGCUAAAUUACGAGAAAUGAUGUCAAAUGCAGCAUGGCGUGAAGAGGAGCGUACAGAGGUGGUACGCAAACAUCGGGAAGAAUAUGCUCGCGAGGAGGAACGCCACACAACAAGAGAAUUCGAUAAAGAUUUUCUCAAUAAGGAAGUUAAAAAGGCCAUGGCCAACCAAACUUCAGUGGGUUCACGUCUACGCGCAAAUUUAAAUAAUAUUCAAAGAACUUCAGCAGCAAUGAAUUCAAAUUUUGCCAGAAAAUAAACAUAUUAUAUUUCUAAUUAGGAACACAUAGAUAAAAAACACAAAUAUUUUAAUUUAACAUUUAUUGAACAACUAAA